UCCGUCAGAUCGGUCUUAUUACCCAGUCCUGACUCUCUCUUUCUCUCUCUCUCUCCCGCUCAGUCUUCCCUCCCUCCCCCCCAACUAGUCCGAGAUUGCUCCCCACUUGUGGCCGUGUCAAUUUCAACCUCGACGCGCCCAUGUUUCUUCCCCAUCUCGUCCCUCUCUCGUCCAUGAAAACAAAUACCACCAAAAAGCUUGUCCCCCCCGUGUUCUUCAUGCCUUGCGACCCCCCCGUCAGUCCGAGGUCACACACACAAGACGCUGAUCCAUCCCGCACCGAGAUCCCUCAUACGAACGGGGUUCCAAGACGACGCAAGGGCGGUAGCGGUAACGUCCCCGCAUAAUUGACCGAGAGUGAGUGCUGUUGCUCAUCCGAGAUCGUCAUCAUCCCCCUCCCGCCCCGGGGGGAACCUGUGGAUCUACACCCAUCGACCAGGGGAAAGCUGUUGCUAGCUACUACGGAUACUGGUGCUGCUGCAAGCCGGUCCCUCAGGCGCGCGGCGGCCCCCUCACUGUGGCUCAGACAGUAGGAAGAAGUCAGCCAGCCAUAUCCCUCCCUCCCCUUUUGCCCUCUGGUAGUCUCACUUUGUACACCGUACGACGGACGUAACGGAACAUCCCCCCCUACCUUCGUAUUCUUCUUCUUAUUCUCUCCCUCCCCUCACCCCCCACGCUCCUUGUCAUCCCUUCCCCCUCCCCUCCCCCCCAGUCCGUCUGGUGCCGGAUGGGAGCCCCGUGACCCGGUUCGACGCGCCCGACGCUCGCUUCGGAUCAUGGGCGAGAACCAGGGCGACGACCACCAACAGAACGGAGAGUCGCGGCGGCAUAGCGAGCCCGCCAUCAAGCGCCGCCGCAUCACCAAGGCCUGCGACUUUUGCCACCGCCGCGGCAGGAAAUGCAAGCCCGUGCCCGAGGGGACCGGUGCCGGUGCCGGUGCCGGUGCGAGUCCCGGCGGCACGCCGAGCUGCCUGACGUGCAUUGAGCACGGCGCGACGUGCACGUGGAACCGCGUCGCCGCCAAGAGGGGCGUCAAGUCCAAGACGUCGCCGUCGUCGUCGGUCAACAACAGCGGCAGCCAUAAGCAGAUGUACUCCUGUGAUGACGGCGACGGCGAUGGCGAUGGCGAGAGGUGGUUCUACGACGAGAGCCGCCACGGCAGCCGGGGCCUCGUCUCGCGCCUCAUUGCUAUCUUUUUCGAUACGGUAUAUCCAGUAUUUCCCUUCUUCGACGAGGCCUCCCUCCUCCGAGAGUGGGACAGCACCAGCUUGUCGUCGAGCCGGGCCUCGUUCGCACGCCUAAUGGCCAUCUGCGCCCUCAGCUCGUGCCACGUCCGGGACGGCGCCGUCUUCGACCCGGCGGCGGCACCGGCCCCGCUCCGGCCGGAGCACCACCGGGCCUACAUGGAAGACGCCCAGCGCGCGGUGCCGGAGAGCAACCGUGACAUUGGCGGUGGCGACGCCUUCGACUACCUCCAGGUGCUCGGCACGCUGUCGCUGGCGGCGACGCAGCUCAAGGACGACCCCCUCUUCCACGAGUGCAUGGGCCGGUACCACACGCUGGUCGCCCAGCACACCUUUCACUUCGAGGCGCGCUGGCCGCCGCACCUGACGUACCCGGAGAAGCACGUCCGCCGGCAGUUCUUCUGGUCCAUGUACCGCCUCGAGGUCCACGCUGCCCUCAUCGACGGCCACGUCAUCCGCUGCCCGGAGCUGCAGUGCGCCGUCGCCUACCCGCAGCAGGUCGACGGCCUCGCCGGCAUCAUCGACGCCUCUGCGCAGACGGAGAAGACGCGCUUUCGCCGCGGCAGCUGGCUAACGGGCUGGAACUACAUCACCGACCUGUACCGCGUGCUGGAGCACGUCAUCGUGCGCAUGCGCAAGGACCGGCUCAAGGCGCUGGACCGCGGCCCCAUCGAACACGAGCCGCUGAUGCCCCCGAUCGACGGCCUGCUCGAGAAGGUGCUGGAGAAGAAGGGCAACCUGCCGCCGUACGCCACGCACGCGUUCCCGGCGUCUCACGACGUCGAGGCGAACCUGUGCGGGUUCCAGGUGGCCAACAUAGCGUGUACCUUUCAGCUGCUCCGGAUGGCCGCCUUUGCCUGCCACGACAAGUUCGAGGAAGCCUGCGGCGCCGCUCUCGAACUGAUACAGGAGAUCACCGCCGUGCCCGUGGAAUACCUGCGCGCAAUAGGCAACCCAAUGCUACAAGAGCUGGCCGGCGUCGCCCACCUGCUGAGCAGCUUCAUCACGCGGCAGCUGAUCGACUGGCAGUACUACAAGCUUCGUGAAGUCAUGGCGUCCAUGGCAACCUUCCUCCAAAGCCUCGCUCCCUCGCUCCCGUCGGCCAGCCAGGCCGGGGCGAGGAUCUUCCAGUACAUCCACAAACUGGAGGAGAUACUCGUGCGACAGAGCCAGCCAGCACCACCGGCGGCCGUUGCUCCCAUCAUACACCCUCCCCCCUCGGAGAUGGUCCGGGAACCGGGGGCUUUGAGUCUGAUGCCGCAGCAACAGCGGCAGCAAUUGCAGCAGCAGCAGCAGCAACAACAACAAUCACAUCAACAACAACCACAUCAACAACAUCCAAAUCGACAAUCACAUCCUCAACUCCCGCCGCAGCAGGGCUUGCUCGAGCAGUACGCGCUGCCCAAUACGGCGUUUUACAACUUCCAGACGGACUUUAUCGGGAACAUGUGGACCAACGCGUUCAACGAUUCGGCCGAGAUUGACUGGGCCAGCGCCAUUGAGAGCUGGGGGACUACUUGACGGGGGCGUCGACCUCAAGUCAAGGCCCAUGCCCGCUAUUCUGCUUUUAUAUAUCUGCAAAACAUCAGACGUGAUUUUCCCGUCUCGUGACUGUUUUAAGUCUUAUCUUAUUAUCAUCAAUCAUAUACAGACAGGUAAAAACGUGUCCU